CAUCUCUCUCUCUCGGUGCGCGUUCACAACGCUAACCUUGGCUCGACGUCAGAGCCUGUGCAGCAGUGCAGUAUAAUGGGAGCGCAAGCCAUCCCGAGCGCCUCAUAGGGGGCUGUAUGUCGCUGCUGCAUCCGAUGCUUGGCGCUCUGUAGUCCCUCUCCAACCCUCUCCAGUACCUUACCUACAGCCCAUGCUUGGGCUCCCCCCUCCCCACUGGAUCCGUACCCCUCGACAUGGAUGUCCCGCCGUCCCUCGACCGGGAGGAUUGUUGCUUCUUGGCGCAGUGAAGGAGGAUAAGGAGAAGUGGAAGAGGAAGGAAUCAUGCCGGGACUGCUAAUGGAUAUUGGGAAAGCGCGAGUGACCAUGCCGUGAUCUUGCGCAUCCAGGGCCGCCGUCACCCUGCUUUGCACAACGAGCGUAAAAUAAUUACGGGGGAAUAAAACCCACGCACCGGGGGGAUUAAACCACUGUGCAUUUCUUUAAAAACAACAUGAAGAUUACCUCCCAUCAUCUGAUGAUAAGCAGUCUCGUUUUCAGGUCCAACCUCAGGCUGAUCCCGCUUCUGCUGCUGUUACUUGGUUACUCUCGCGGGAUGACACACGUUUUAAGAUUUGGAGGAAUAUUUGAAUCCAUUGAGAGUGGCCCUUCCGGAGCAGAAGAAUUAGCCUUUAAGUUUGCAUUGAACACAAUCAACAGGAACCGCACCUUGCUCCCCAACACCACGCUGACCUAUGACAUCCAGAGAAUAAACAUCUUCGACAGCUUUGAAGCCUCCAGGAAAGCGUGCGAUCAGCUUUCUCUCGGCGUGGCGGCCAUUUUUGGACCCUCACACAGCUCAUCGGCCAACGCGGUCCAAUCCAUCUGCAAUGCGUUGGGAGUUCCCCACGUCCAGACCAAAUGGAAGCACCAGGUGUCAGACAACAGGGACUCGUACUAUGUCAGCCUGUACCCCGAUUUCUCGUCCCUCAGUAGAGCCAUCCUGGACCUGGUGCACUUCUUCAAGUGGAGAACAGUCACCGUGGUGUAUGACGACAGCACAGGUACAGGUCUUAUUCGACUGCAGGAGCUGAUCAAGGCACCGUCACGAUAUAACAUUCGUUUGAAGAUCCGACAGCUGCCCACGGAGACCAAGGAUGCCAAGCCACUUCUGAAGGAGAUGAAGAAGGCAAAGGAGUUCCAUGUCAUCUUUGAUUGUGGCCAUGAGAUGGCUGCCUGGAUCCUUAAACAGGCCCUGGCCAUGGGUAUGAUGACAGAGUACUACCAUUACAUUUUUACUACCCUGGACCUUUUUGCCCUCGACAUGGAGCCGUAUCGUUACAGCGGAGUCAACAUGACUGGGUUUCGCAUACUGAACACAGAAAACUCUCAGGUGUCGUCAAUCAUUGAGAAGUGGUCAAUGGAGCGGCUACAAGCACCACCCAAACCGGACUCGGGCCUGCUGGAUGGAUUCAUGACGACGGAUGCGGCGCUGAUGUACGACGCCGUGCACGUGGUGGCGGUGGCGGUGCAGCAAUCUCAGCAGAUCACGGUCAGCUCUCUGCAGUGCAACCGCCACAAGCCGUGGCGCUUCGGGGGAGGCUUCAUCAACCUCAUCAAAGAGGCUCACUGGGACGGUUUGACGGGACGCGUUCUCUUCAACAAGAGCAAUGGACUGAGGACGGAUUUCGACCUGGAUGUCAUCAGUCUGAAGGAGGAUGGGCUGGAAAAGAUUGGAACAUGGGAUCCUCCCAGCGGCCUGAACAUGACGGAGUCUCACAAAAGCAAGACGUCUAACAUCACCGACUCUCUGGCCAACAAAUCCCUGCGUGUAUCCACCAUACUGGAGGAGCCAUAUGUGAUGUUCAAGAAGUCAGACAAGCCUCUGUAUGGAAACGACCGCUUUGAAGGCUACUGCAUCGACCUGCUGAGGGAGCUCUCUGGCAUCCUGGGCUUCCACUACGAGGUGCGCUUGGUGGAGGAUGGGAAGUACGGCGCCCUGGAGGAGACCACGGGCCAAUGGAACGGCAUGGUGCGCGAGCUGAUUGACCACAAAGCGGACCUGGCGGUGGCUCCUCUGGCAAUAACCUAUGUCAGGGAGAAGGUCAUCGAUUUCUCAAAGCCCUUCAUGACGCUGGGGAUAAGUAUCCUGUACCGAAAGCCCAACGGCACCAACCCGGGGGUCUUCUCCUUCCUCAACCCCCUCUCCCCCGAUAUCUGGAUGUAUAUUCUGCUGGCUUGCUUGGGUGUCAGUUGUGUGCUGUUUGUCAUAGCCAGGUUCAGCCCUUACGAGUGGUACAACCCGCAUCCGUGCAACCCAGACUCGGAUGUAGUGGAAAACAAUUUUACGCUGCUCAAUAGUUUCUGGUUUGGCGUUGGGGCUCUCAUGCAGCAAGGAUCUGAGCUCAUGCCCAAGGCCUUGUCAACACGAAUAGUGGGAGGCAUCUGGUGGUUCUUCACCCUCAUCAUCAUUUCCUCAUAUACGGCCAACUUGGCUGCCUUCCUCACUGUGGAGAGGAUGGAGUCGCCCAUCGACUCGGCCGAUGACCUGGCCAAACAAACUAAGAUCCUGUACGGGGUGGUUGAGGACGGUGCCACCAUGACUUUCUUCAAGAAAACAAAGAUCUCCACCUACGACAAGAUGUGGGAGUUCAUGAACAGCAGGAGGCAAUCUGUGAUGGUCAAGAACGUGGAUGAGGGGAUCCAGCGGGCCUUGACCUCAGACUACGCCUUCCUCAUGGAGUCCACCACCAUUGAGUUUGUCACCCAGCGCAACUGCAACCUCACACAGGUCGGAGGCCUCAUUGACUCCAGAGCAUACGGAGUGGGAACGCCUAUGGGAUCUCCGUACAGAGAUAAGAUCACGAUAGCCAUUCUGCAGCUCCAGGAGGAGGGGAAGCUGCACAUGAUGAAGGAGAAGUGGUGGCGAGGAAACGGCUGCCCCGAGGAGGAGAGCAAAGAGGCCAGCGCCCUCGGGGUGCAGAACAUCGGAGGGAUCUUCAUCGUGCUGGCUGCGGGCCUGGUGCUGUCGGUGUUCGUGGCAGUAGGGGAGGUGCUCUACAAGUCGAAGCAGAACGCCGAGCUGGAAAAGCGAUCAUUCUGCAGCGCCAUGAUGGAUGAGCUGCGCGUGUCUCUGAAGUGCCAACGCCGUCUCAAGCAGAAGCCUCAGCCGCCCGUCAUCGUUAAGACAGAGGAGGUCAUUAACAUGCACACAUUUAACGACCGCAGGCUCCCAGGGAAGGAAACCAUGGCAUGAGCGUUGUUGAGACAUACCCCGAAACACACGCGUGAUUAAAAAAAAAAAACAUGGGGGAGGAAGGGGAUG